AUGUAUCUGAAAAUCGCCCGCUGCCCCCCGACUACAAAAGAAAACAUUCCAGAAGACCUUCGCCAUCUCAUUCAAGUUCGGCGGGCAGUCUUGGUUGCUCGCACGCUUCACGAGGGAUUUGUCUACACUCGCGACUCCACUCAUGUUGGCAACAGCCUGAUUCUUUAUUACCCUGACGGCCUUAGGAAUGUACAACCGACACCAGGGACUAUCAAAUAUAUAUUCGAGACCGAGCGAGGAGUAUGCUUCGCCGUGCGGUAUCACCUUCCAUUGCAUUCUCACCUCGAUCCUUUCCGCCACUAUCCUCACUUCCCGGCUCGUUUAUUCUCGUCAGCACUCGCUGAACAUCUCACAAUUGUCAUGCCGGAAGAUGCAUUCCCGAUAUUGGUUUCUAAUCGAGAACAGCUUCCUUGGCUAGAAGUGAAGAAAGAAAUGACAGAAGAGAAAGGACUUUCUUCAGACGUCGCUGAUAAGAUUGGAGAGUAUGUCAAGCACAAAGGUGGCCCGUCGCUACUCGAUCUUUUGAAAGCAGAUGCCACUCUCAUGGCAAACCCGAGCGCCAAGCAGGGUAUUUCAGAUAUGGAUAUUCUCUUUACUCUCCUGCGUGCUUACAAAGUGCUGGACAAAGAUGAGAUACAGCUCUACAAAAACAACCGCGGCGUCGAGCGUCCAGUCAAGAAACACGCUGGUGACGUCGAAGUGGUCGUCGAUCACUAUUAUUUGCGUCCAGAGGUGGGCCUAAAACAGCGCAAGGAGUCUCCCAGCCCUCGCCGCUGCUGGUCCAGCCAAAAAACAUGUCGCAACGCUGUUGAGAACGUGCCAGAACAGACGCUCUACUAUCGCCGCAGACGAGACGGGAUGUAA